UCAAAUAUUAAAAACCAUACUAGAACACCAAUUUACAAUUUCUCGAACACUAUGAACAAUGUGUACAGCUCUGACCACAAUUCCAUCACCGUUUUGUGGAAAUUGGUCAUGAUUAAGAUCAUCUUGUGGAUGACCAUCUUGUGGAUGGCCAUCUUGUGGAUGGCCAUCUUGUGGACGUGUAGUGAUGAAGGCUUAGAGAUGAAAAUUUCUCUAAAAAAGAAAAAGAAAGCUUAUCCAACUAUAUGUAAGCUUGCUCCAACAAAAUUAAAAUCAGAUGCUAUUAAUUAUAAUGUUUAUUCCGAUCCAGAAAUAAUACCACGUCCACAAGAUGGCCAUCCACAAGAUGGCCAUCCACAAGAUGGUCAUCCACAAGAUGAUCUUAAUCAUGACCAAUUUCCACAAAACGGUGAUGGAAUUGUGGUCAGAGCUGUACACAUUGUUCAUAGUGUUCGAGAAAUUGUAAAUUGGUGUUCUA